UCUCCCCCACUCUUUUGGUCUUAUUUUUGCAACUCUUACCCUAUUUAUAACUCGUUGCUAUAUAGCUUGCAGACUCAGCAAGGAUAAUUGGGCUCUAUAUCUCUGCCUCAGACUAAUUCUCACUUGACUGUUCCAUUGCGUGUCCUUUUUUACUCCAAAAACUGUCACCUAAAACAAACUCUUUCUCUCUUGCAUUGAUUCUUUAUAUACCCUUAACUCUUCUAAACAUUAAUAUCCCAUCAAUCCUCUUCUCUCUCUCUUUCUCUGAUAAGGUGUUGGAGAAAGAUGGAAGCUUCAGAGGAAGUCGCAGCCAAUGUUGUGAAGGGGAAGAGAACAAAGAGGUUGAGGGUUCAAUCACCAAUCCCUUAUGGUUUGACUGCUAAUUCAUCAAGCGGAGAUGGUGGUACCAGCUGGUCACCAACAAGUUCCAUUAAUGAAUUUCAAGAUAGCACUGAAGAAGAAGAGGACAUGGCUAAUUGCCUUAUCCUUCUUGCCAAAGGUCAUUCAAGAGAUUUCCCAACACAACAACAACAUCGUCAUCAAGACUACGAUUCAAGAGGAGGAGGGGCUGACACCACCAAAUUCAAUAGUAGAAAGUUCCUAGAAACUGCUAAUUCGACAGGUUCUGGCAAGGUCGGUUACUAUGUUUAUGAGUGCAAGACUUGUAACCGGACAUUUCCAUCUUUUCAAGCAUUAGGUGGACAUAGGGCUAGUCAUAAGAAGCCUAAGGCAACCCACAAUGAUGAAAGGAAGAAAAAUCUUUCACCAUCUUCCGACGAGGAAGAUGGACAUUACAAGAAUGUUUCAUCUCUUUGUCUUCAACUUAGUGAUAACAACGCUAACAGAGGUACGUUUAGCAAUCACAAUAAAGGCAAGAUUCAUGAGUGCUCAGUUUGUGGUGCGGAGUUUACAUCUGGACAGGCCUUGGGUGGUCAUAUGAGGCGGCACCGAGGUCCUCUUCUGUCUAAUACCACAACCUUGUCAUUAACACCAUUGGCUAUAGAAUCUGAGGAGCCCAAGAAAGCAAGAAACGCACUUUCUUUGGAUUUGGAUCUCAAUCUUCCAGCCCCGGACGAUGAGAAAUUUGCCUUUGCUUCCAAGCAACAACAACACCAACAGCAGCAGCAGCAGCAGCAACAAAACACACCUCUUGUCUUCUCCAGCCCGGCUUUGGUGGAUUGUCAUUACUGAAGAAGGUUAUACUUCUCUUUUUCCUGACUUCUUCUGAAGUUUUCUUUUCUUCUUCUAUUUGAUCAGACAUGGCCAUUAAUUUGAUAUUGAUUUACCAGAUAAUUUGUUUCUAAUUUUUUUUUCUUUGUAAACUUAAAAGGAUCAUAAUUAAUAUAACAUUCUUUUAAUUCUUUUAA